AUGAAUGUCAACUCAUCAUGUUUUGGUUUAUUUGUCGAUAUCAAUGAUACUCUUUAUUGUUCAAUGUCUAGUCGUAAUCAAGUAGUGAAAAGUUUACUGAAUGCUCGUGUGAUGGCUCCAUAUCGUGUUGCCGCUGGAACAGGUACUUUCGGAUUAGCCUCGAAUCAACUCGCACGCCCUCGUGGAAUCUUUGUCGACGUGAAUUUGGAUUUAUAUGUCGCAGAUUGUCUAAAUAAUCGAGUUCAGUUGUUUCAGUCAGGAGAAUCAAACGGCAUCACAGUAGCUGGAAGUACAUCGGUAAAUCCAACAAUUGUACUUAAGUGUCCAAAUGGAGUUAUAUUAGAUGCUGAGAAAUAUUUAUUCAUUGUGGAUCAAGGCAAUAAUCGUAUUGUUGGUUCAGGCUCGAAUGGUUUCCGAUGUUUAGUUGGAUGCUAUGGAGAGGGUUCACAAUCCAAUCAAUUGAUAUUUCCAUUUAGUUUUAGUUUCGAUCAUUCUGGAAACAUGCUUGUUACUGAUCAUGGAAAUCAUCGAAUUCAAAAAUUUUUAUUGAUGAAAGAUUCUUUUGGUAAGUUGAAGAAAAAUUAA